AUGCAAUAAGAGUCGUGAAAAUAUCAAUGUUUAAACGGGAAAAUAAAACGAUGAUCGAUUUUUAGGAACUUUUAAUUUUUAUUAUUUUAAUAAAAUGGAAAGAUUUAUUUAUUAAUAUUUGUGUGUAGAACCCAUACAAUUGCAGUCAUGUAUUCUCCGAGGCAAAAAAUUCUGUGGUUUGCUUUUAGUACAAGAAUAGUCAUAAUAUUUCUACAAGCGGUAUCAAAUUUUGUGAUACCAGACCACAAUGCCAAUGUUUUCAUCAGUCCUGAGGAUCCAACACUACGAAAAACCUAUGUGGACUCUAUUGUGGACAAGUUGUUGGGUGGUUUGAAGAGAUGGGAUGCGCAGUACUUUAUACAUAACGCACAAUACGGGUACACUUACGAAAAUUGUUUAGCCUUUUUCCCCCUUUUCCCUAUGAUUGUAAGAUAUGUUGCAUAUGGGCUAUGCAGUUUGUUUGGAUCGAUUAUUAAUUUUCAUAGUGCACUUCUAAUAUCAGCAACUAUUGUAAAUAUCUUGAUGUUUAUUAAAUCCGCUGAUGUAUUACACAAUUUGAGUUUAAGAAUACUUAGAAGUGAAAGCAAAGCAUAUAAGUCAACUGUAUUGUACUGUAUUAAUCCAGCCAGCAUUUUCUUUACAGCUCCUUAUUCCGAGACCCUGUUUGCGUGGAUGUCGUUUUAUACAAUGUUCAAAUGUACAGAAAAUGAAACAUUGCGAUUUGCCAAUAUAGACAUUACAAGUGGGUUGCCCGCAGGUUUCUCAAUGAUAGCUCGAUCCAAUGGAUCUGUUAACCUAGGAUUUAUAUUAUAUACAAAUUUCAAGAAUGUAAUAGAGAGAACACUGCCUGAGAUUGUGUACAAAUAUAAAACUUUAAAGCGCAAGAUAAUAAUUCCAUUCUUGCUUCUACCACUGUUUACAUCUAGCCUUGCAUUAUUUUUGACUGUGAUAAUAGCUUUGAUUCCAUUUUUAUUAGUUCAAACAUAUAAUUAUUUUAAAUAUUGUGUUCACCACGACCACAACCUGCCUGAUUUCCUGUCAAAUACUGAGUAUGUUCUCCCAGGCACCACAGAGAGCCCUUGGUGUAACUACACUCUGCCUUUAUCUUACUCUUACAUACAGGACCACUACUGGGAUGUUGGCUUAUUCAAAUAUUACAAGUUAAAACAGAUUCCUAACUUCAUAUUGGCAUUUCCUAUAUUAUUUAUAAUAAUAUAUCAUUGUAUGUCUUACAUAAAAAACAAUUUUAAAUUAUGCCUUAGACUUGGAUUAAAAUCUAACAUAUUUGGAUAUUCAAACAAGAUGCCUUAUAGGCCAAAGCAAUAUUCUAAAGGUUUUGGGGCCAAUGAUCCUUUGUUGUUUGUAUAUGUGGUUCAUGUGAUGUUUUUAGCUGUGUUUUGUAUUGUUUUUGUGCAUAUUCAAGUGUCAACUAGAUUGUUAGCUUCCGCUAGUCCCGUUCUGUAUUGGAUAUGUUCUAGCAGAAUGAAUGUGGGACCUACUCCUUCUGCUGACCAAAAUACUAUAAAUGAACACUUCCGACGAAUUGGUGCUGGGAAGAGAAUACCUUCCCAUCACUUAUCUAUUGCAAACUUAGAAGGAGUGGACAACAUGUAUAGUAAAUGGAAAACAUUCAUAAUAACGAGGCGAAUGCCAGAUUUCCAAUCCCGAUUAGUGCAAUACUAUUUUCUUGGAUAUUUCAUAGUUGGAACUAUUUGUUUUUCAAAUUUCUACCCAUGGACAUAAAACUUUAAUCAGCUUAAGUUUUAACAUAUCACAUCCUACGUAUCAAAUAUGUUUAGGUUUGGAAGGUUUUUACCACAGAACUACCUCAAUAUAGUUAUGUGGUCUUUGCAUAUCAUUUGUUCUUUAUUUAAUAGAUUAAAUAUAACAACAUUCCACUAGUCAAGAAGAAAAAUAUAAGAUAUAUAUAUUUUAUCUAAUUUUAUUGUAUGAUAGGUACAGAUAAGUACAAUAGCGUUUCUUAAAUUUUGCAUUAAUUACCUACUAGCUAGAUUAAUGUCUUUGGUCUUUUGAUAAGAUUUACCAAUAAUUACAAUUUAGCUAUUAUUAUUAUCAUCAUGAUAAUUUUAAAUUAUGGCUUUAAAGAGAAGAUAAGAUUUUACAUACAUUUUAAAUGAUAUCUUGUUCAAAUUUUGCUGCUUAAAUAUCAAUAAAGCGUGGGGCCUUCAAAGGAAGUCCAUUUUUAUUAAUGGCAUAAAUAAAGUAAUAAAUUUAAUAUUGCCUUUUUAAGUAGUAUGUUAAGAAUUAUAAAGUAGAACUGUUAUUGUUUCUAGUCCUCAAUGCACUGGUGGACGAAAUUAAGAUUUUGACUGUGGUGAGAAAGUACUUAUGUGUUGAAAGUACUUUUGUGUACUCUAACAGUAUUUGAUUAGAUUUGAGUGUGAGAAACCAGAUAGUACCUAUUUGUAGGAUUUCGUGGAGAAGUUGCAAAAUGUUCCACCAGUGCACUGACAUAUUUUAUAUACUAAUUAAUAGGUAUAACUUUAGGUGUAAAGAUUUUGCAUUUUGCUGUUCUUUCAAUUCUACAAAAUUUUUCGUUUAAUUUUUGGACUGCGCUGGGUGACCACGGAAAAUGUGAAAACAUGUGUUGGGGUCGUUUAGUAUGUCUUCAACUAUAAUUAAGCUUGAGGAAUUGACAUGUUUUAUUAAAAGUAUAUAUCUAUACUAUUAUUAUAAAGAAGUAAGCGUUUGUGAGUUUGUAUGUUUGAGGUGGGUAAUCUCCGAAAUAACCGAACCGAUAAAAAAUAUAUUUCACCAUUAGAAAGGUACAUUGUUCAAGAUUGCUAUAGGCUAAAUUUUAUCUUAAAAUUCCUACGGGAGCGAAGCCCCGGGCAACAUCUAGUUAAGUAUAUAUUUAUACAGGGUUACUGGUAAAAUACUAGCAAUCUCGCAGGUCUAGAUAACUAACAACAACACAAUGUUUGUUCUGAGUUAGAUAAUUGGUUCAAUUGUAAUUAUAUACAAAGUUUCCGUAUUAACCACAAAUUGAUCGAGAUGAAUACGAAUCGAGUCGAAUCGAACUCAGGGCUUAGAGGAGCACAGGACAUCGAUCGAACGAUACUAAAGACGCGCCAAAUAUUCGUUUAGUUUUCGGUAUUUUUUCCACUGUUUGUAGUAUUCGCUAAAAUAAUUCGGUUUAGCGUCGAAUAUAUUCAGUUCGAGUAUUUCUAUUUUCUUGACUAGGUACAUACUCGCAUCUUCAAACUCAUGUUGGAAACAAAUCAAUUAUCAAUAUUUUUCAAAUAAAAAGCGAGCAAGCAGCAGACAAAAAAGACAGUGGUUUUCGGUUUUCAUGUCAAAAUUCGUAGAACAAAGUUGACGUUAGCUUUCUAGUACGUGCGAGGUGUUUUAAAGUAACUUUUAUAGAAUCUUUUCUCCAGUCUACCUAUGUAAAAUUUAUUGUUACUAGACUCCAUACACCUUGUCAGCCUGUCUACGUCGUCUAUUCCCAUAGAUCGACAAUAAAAUCUAGUCCAGAUAAAUUUAUUUCAUGCUACAUGUAUAGUUGACAGCACAUCAACUGACUCAACUUCAUUGCAAAUAUCACCUCAUAAGAGGUCCAGGUGACAUGCUGUUGACUGUAGCCUCAGCUUAGGUAAUCUUCUAGCUGACACGUCCAGUCUCCUGGAUUCCAGGACAUGCACAUUGCAACGUAAUAUUAAAAAUUGGUUGGCACAUUAGCUACCGUCCAUUUUGUAAUAGAAUAGCAUUACAUAUAUUUGAUUUUUUGUUGAUUACACAAAAAUAGGUUUUUAAAUUUUUAUUUAGACUAUUUUGGGCAGGUAAUAAUUGAACUAUUUUUUUAAAUUGCACAGUUUUAACAGCAACACUUUUAUCUCUUUCAAUUUGUAAGUUUUAAAUGCAUAGCCAAAUUUUUUAUGGUUGUGAAAUUUUUCAUUAGUUACUAAGCAGUAAGCACAAAUAUUGACACAAUUCUUCUUUUGUAACUAACGAAAUAAAAUACAAAGUUCAGUAUAAA